AUGAUCACCGACCACACAGAAAGUGAACCCCAACCGGGGCCAUCCAAUGCGAACGCGUCGCCACAACCGGUAGCAUCAUUGCAACCAAGGGCGACAGCCAAUCCAUGGAAUUUCCUGAUGCUGAAUGCCAUACGUACGUACACGAUAGCAAACGGCUUCCCGAACGCCAAUGAAGUACCACGCGACAAACUCAUCAUCGCACUUCAGGCCAGAGGCGCAACACCGCUCAACAUCAUCCUAAGCUCACCACCAGACUAUCAGACGGGACCGGGGUCCACGGAGCUGUUAGCGCGAUUGCUCCUGCGCAGACGCGUCGACUACCCGCAUCAAUCACCAAACGAAAGUAUCGAAAUGUACCUGAGACGUCUGGAGACCACCUUCAAACAUGAUGGCACACCGAACUUCACCAAAGUCAACUGCCUCAUCGGGCACUCCCAACCGAAGGUAGCAGAGGCAACACAACUGCUCUACGACCAAGGAUUUGAGGACUACGACGUGAUCGCGGAAAAGCUAAAAGCCAGGUUUGGUCUAUCACCAUUUGAACAUUUUACCAGGUUUCAGCAGUUCCACCCAGCGCCCGACGAACUCUUCUCGCAGUUUGGUCCACGCUUACGCGACAAAUACCUCAGAUAUGUCGACCUACCAGCCAACGAGGUCAGGCAACAUGAAACCGCGAUCAUGCGGGCCCUCAUCGGACAACUCCUGUCCAUCACCACCGGCGGGCUCCACGCCCAACUCCACGCACGGGCGACAGCCGAUCGUUCCCUCACAUGGGAUGACUGCCUGGUAAUCGCCAACAAAUACAGGCGUACACUCCCGGCAACACCAAAGCCGGCCGCGACACCGGCGCCGCAGUCACCCGCCAGCCGCCCGCCCAAAACGACGGCAUCUGGCGUCACCAAAUACUACUGCAAGAAUCAUCAGCGGACAUACCGCAGCAACAUGUCCGGGAAACGGGAAGAUCGGGGAGUGACGGCUGUCCUCUGCUCAAUCCCCAUGCCUACCGACGACAGCCUGACCAUCAUCAUCACCAUCAAAGACAAACGGGUGACCGCCCUGAUUGACACCGGAGCGACAAAAUUGUUCAUGGCGAUGGACGUCGCCGAGGAAGUCGGCCUGUCUCCACACCCGACCAAAGCGAGGAUAUCCGUGGCGGUACUUCACGUCUCCACGACCGUCAGUCACGCAGUGAGUACUGUUUUUACUCUUGGAUCGGCCGCGUACGAAGCCACCUUCUUGCUACUCUCCAACGCGCACUAUCCUGUUAUUCUCGGACUCGACACGCUUAAGAAUCUCCCUUUCUGCAUCACCCUCGACGGCCAGCGAGUCUUUUCCGGUUUCCAGCAAAUUAAACCAAUUAACGAAGCCCCAAAAGCGCCAAUAGGCGAGGGCAUCACGUUUGUCCACGGCACGCCCACAGAGCAGCAACAGAUCACGGCUCUCCUAUGGCGCUACGCCCCUCACAUCUUCCAGUGGAGUGGUAAACACGGGCUCUUCCCGCAGCACGUCGCAUUGCUAAUCACCAACGGAGAGGAUCCCGAACCCAGUCGCUGCAUACGGCUCUCGCCCGACAAGCGGCCGGCGUUCCAACAUAUCAUCAACAAUUACACCCGCGCGGGUAUCAUAGAACCAGCCCAAACGGGCACACGCCCCGUGGAAGAGCACCUCAAAGCCGUCCAAGCCUUCCCACAACCUGCAACAACACGCCAAAUGCAGCGAUUCCUAGGCCUCGCCACCUACCUACGAGCGCAUGUGCCCACUAAUUUUGCACAGCUCGAGAAAGUCCUACAACUAACAAUUCUGGUGAAACCAGCUACCGCCAUUGUAUGGUCACCAGAAGCAAUCAACGCGUUCGAAGCGCUGAAGAAUGCGAUAGCUAACGCCGCUCGGCUUGAACGUUUUGACCCGGCAUGGGAUACCAAGAUUCACUGCGAUGUGUCCUCGUCAGCAAUUGGGGCCAUCCUUGUCCAAAUUGAUCCAGAAGGACAACCCCACAUCAUGGAGUAUGCGAGCCGGGUCCUCACCCCCGCUGAAACACGUUACUCCAACACGCAGCGAGAGCUGCUCACAGCGGUCUGGGCGACGACCAAAAAAUUCCGCCACUACGUCGAACAUUGGCACUUCAAAAUCAUCACGGACCACAAGGCCCUACUUGGCAAACUGUCCGACACACGUCUCAUCAGCCUCAAGCUAAAGCUGGAAUCAUUCGACUACACCCUGGUACAUCAACCUGGGAAAACCCUCACAGGGCCAGAUGCUCUCAGCCGCAUUUGA